CUGGUGACCCGGAAAUGUUAGUGUGAGGGUAGCCGGCCGGUUGUUGCGUCCAUGCGGAGCCGGCGGUGGCCGCUCUUUCCCUCAGAGCUGAGCCGGAGCGGGGGGAAGGGGGCUUGCAGCCUGUUUCAUGGUCCCGUGGACGGAGUUUGUGUGACCGGGGAGUGAGUGGGUUAACGAUGCUGUGCGAGGCGCAGGAGGGCCUUACCACCGCCGUCUUUAAAACCCUGCCAGCUUCUGUGCUUUGUCCAGUGGAACCAGUGGGAAGAUGGUUUGAAGCACUUGUAAAGCGGCGGGCGAGGAAUGUGUCAGCCUCCUUUCAUGAGUUGGAAGAUGAGAAAGAAUCAUCUUCUGAGUCAGAAGAUGAGGAAUUACAAUUGGAGGAAUAUCCAUUGCUGAAAACACUCGACCCAAAGGAUUGGAAGAAUCAAGAUCAUUAUGCAGUUCUGGGGCUCGCACAUUUGAGGUACAAAGCAACGCAGAGGCAAAUCAAAGCUGCACAUAAAACAAUGGUAUUGAAGCAUCAUCCUGACAAAAGGAAAGCAGCAGGCGAACAGAUAGGUGAAGGGGACAAUGACUAUUUUACAUGCAUCACAAAAGCCAACGAAAUGCUGUCAGAUCCCUUGAAACGCCGAGCAUUUGACAGUGUAGAUCCUACGUUUGACAAUGCAAUACCUUCUAAGAGUGAGGCAAAAGAGAACUUCAUUGAGGUGUUUUCUUCAGCUUUCGAACGGAAUGCCAGGUGGUCCAAAAAGAAACAUGUCCCAAAACUGGGCAAUUUGAAUUCUUCCAUUGAAGAAGUAGAUUCUUUUUAUUCAUUCUGGUAUAACUUUGACUCUUGGCGGGAAUUUUCUUACUUGGAUGAAGAAGAAAAAGAAAAAGCAGAAUGCCGAGAUGAGAGAAAGUGGAUUGAGAAGCAGAACAGAGCAGCUCGAGCACAAAGAAAGAAAGAAGAAAUGAAUAGGAUAAGGACACUAGUUGACACUGCUUACAGCUGUGAUCCUAGAAUAAAAAAGUUUAAAGAAGAAGAAAAGGCAAGGAAAGAAGCAGAAAAGAAAGCAAAAGCUGAAGCAAAAAGAAAAGAACAGGAAGAAAAAGAGAAACAAAAGCAGGCUGAAUUAGAAGUUGCCCGCUUGGCCAAAGAGAAAGAAGAAGAAGAAGCCAGACAGCAGGCCUUGCAAACAAAGAAGGAAAAGGAAAUACAGAAGAAAGCAAUUAAGAAAGAAAGGCAAAAGCUGCGUACAGUCUGUAAGAAUUGGAACUACUUCACUGAUGAUCAUACUGAAAAUGUGAAAAUGAUGGAGGAUGUGGAGAAACUCUGUGAUCGACUUGAACUGAUGAGCCUGCAAGCCUUAAAUGAAGUACUUGCAUCAAGUACAAGGGAUGAAGGCCAAGCUGAGAUAGAGAAACAGAUCCAAGAGGUAAAUGCACAGUUGGCAAGAGAGAAAGAGGAAGCUGAGGCACGAAUGCGCCAGGCUGCGAAAAGUUCUGAUCAUGCCACAGGAUGUGGUGGAGGAAGCAAAACCUGGCCAGAAGAAGACUUACAGCUGUUGAUAAAAGGUGUAAAUAUCUUUCCUGCUGGAACUAAUGCAAGAUGGGAAGUAAUUGCUAAUUUUAUUAAUUCACACUCAACAAGUGGAAUCAAAAGGACAGCCAAGGACGUAAUCAACAAAGCCAAGAAUUUACAAAAACUUGAUCCUCUGCAAAAAGAUGAAAUUAAUAAGAAAGCAUUUGAAAAAUUCAAUAAAGAGCACAGUACAGCAGUUGCAGCACUGGAUAAGGCAACUCCUUCAGAGAGGUUUGAGGCACCUGGUAGUGACAUUAACCCUUGGACAGCAGAAGAACAGAAACUUCUGGAACAAGCACUAAAGACCUAUCCAGUGAACACCCCUGAACGAUGGGAAAAGAUAGCAGCAACUGUUCCAGGAAGAACAAAGAGAGAUUGCAUGAAGAGAUACAAGGAACUUGUUGAAAUGGUCAAAGCAAAGAAAGCUGCACAAGACCAAGUUAAUACUGCUAGAUCGAAGAAAUGAGAUGUUACCACUCCCUUUUAUCAUUGUGCAUGUGAUUAUUUGAUAAUAAAACAACAAAACCAAA